AUGAUUGCCACCUCGGAUACACAUGGCGUGCUAUAUAGCCACUGGAACAGACACACGUCUCUGGACGCCAGUGUCGCUGCUGCAGAUACCCAGCCCAUGUCUACUAGCAGAAGCCGCCUAGGCAUUUACGUGAUUGUCCAUCACUCGCCUACUGCCUGUGCCUGCGACUGGUCUCUCUAUUUCCCAUCCACAUACACGCAUAUCUUUUACACGUGUGAGGAUGGAAAGCUAGAGCAAAAAAGCUCGAGUACCAGCUACACAGACGCUACACGGGACGCCCGCUAUGUGCGAUACCUGUCAUUUCUGAACGAGGAAUUAGCCUACGCGUAUUUCCAGAAAACAAAGCACAACAAAAUGAGCACUCGUGCUGUUGCAAAGUAUGUGGAAGUCUCUCAAUCCAGCUCCAGCUACAAGCAUAUACGCCGCGUAUUGGGCCUUUUGGGCGAAUGCCUAAGCAAUGAGAAGUGCCGGGCAAUUGAAGCCGAAUGCCUGAGGGUCACCCGAAACAACGCAUGCUGCGUCGAGGUACAGUACGAGUUCAACUCCCCAUCCGAAAGCAUGAGUUUGCACAAACACGUAGCUGGAAGCCAGUAG